UAUCGGUGACCAGUCAUGCCAACCUUUUUUUUGUGCAACGUACAUAUGUAAAGCUAGUACAAAAAAAUCAAAGACGUUUGCUAUCUGGACGUUGGCUUGUUGUUCGAAUCACAUCUUUGCUCAGCACGCGGUAGCAUCUAUUUGUACCUGUACCUGAAAGCACACUCGCUGCUUUACUUACGCCAACAAGAACAAGACAUACGUCAAGCCAGGAAGAGAUUCCAUCUGCCUUCAAUAAUAACGUUAGUGCAUGAUAUACCUCUGCAUAGAAAAAGAUUUGGAUAAGUAGGAAGUCCGAAGAGGCUAUCGGCGUUCCACACCAUGUCGGCACCGGUUAUUAUCGAGGCUACGGCCAAGCACACCGCUACUUUGAUAUUCAUGCACGGCCUGGGUGACACAGGGCACGGCUGGAGCAGUGCAUUGGCUGCCAUACGUCCCCCUUUCAUGAAAAUCAUCUGUCCCACAGCACCUACACAGCCUGUUUCCUUAAACGCGGGUUUUCGUAUGCCCUCUUGGUUUGACUUGAAGACGCUGGACAUUUCGGGUCCCGAGGAUGAACCAGGAAUACGAGCGGCGCGCGACAACAUACACGGCAUGAUACAAAAAGAAGUGGGCGCUGGCAUACCGGCUAAUCGAAUUGUGCUUGGUGGCUUUUCGCAAGGCGGUGCUCUGGCGCUGUAUUCUGCCCUUACCUUUGAUCAACCGUUGGCUGGCGUGGUAGCGCUCUCGUGCUGGUUACCAUUGCACAAGCAAUUCCCGGGUGCCAAGAUCAAUAGCGAUGAUGUGCCCAUUUUCCAAGCUCACGGCGAUUAUGACCCUGUGGUGCCAUACAAGUUCGGUCAGCUGAGCGCAAGUCUACUAAAAUCGUUCAUGAAGAAUGUCACAUUCAAGACCUAUAAUGGACUAUCGCACUCGUCAUCUGAUGAUGAAAUGGACGAUGUUAAGAACUUUCUCACAUUGUGUUUGCUCUUUUCCAUUUCAGGACAUAAUCAGUAAAUGGACGCAUUGGGAGAGUCAGAACAUGGCUAGAAAGGCGCAAUGCUGUCAGAUAUCAUAGUAGCUAUGAAGUGUAGUACCAGUUCCUUCCACAAAUCAAACUCCUCAUCCUAGUCAAGAAACAAAAACGCCAGAAAGCGAAAAUCCAAAAUCGCAAAGAAGUUGGCACUCAAGAGAUUUGUAUUGUAGAGACUACUUUGUACAUAUGUAUGUAGAUUUAGGAUUACUAUUUAGUUACUUAUGUCCUCACGUGGUGAAGUGACAUGCUAAUGAAGCACCAUCGUUGAACUAAAUUUUAAAUAAAGUACUGCGACGGAAUUAAUACGGUCUCAAUGCUGAAGUUGACGUGACGAUUCCUGCUUAUCUUAACAAAA